AAAGUAGAAGAACCUCAGAAUCCUCACCCAAAAACAAAAAAAAGCUUCCGAAGCAAGCAAGGCAUAUUACGAAAAAAGCACGAAAGUUGACCAAAAACAACACGAAUUUCAAAACAGUGACAGUAUCGAUCAGAGUUGAAUGGCAGCAAGCGCAGGUCUAUACCGGAGAACCCUUCCUCCUCCUUCAAUCGAGUUCGCUUCGCCGGAAGGCAAACAAAUCUUUACGGAAGCUCUUCGGAAUGGAACAAUGGAAGGUUUCUUCAAAUUAAUUUCAUACUAUCAGACUCAAUCAGAUCCUGCUUUUUGUGGUUUAGCUACUCUUUCUGUUGUUCUCAAUGCUCUUGCUAUUGACCCUGGUAGAAAAUGGAAAGGUCCUUGGAGAUGGUUUGAUGAUUCCAUGUUGGAUUGCUGUGAGCCUUUGGACAAGAUUAAAUCACAAGGCAUUACAUUUGGAAAAGUUGAGUGCUUGGCUCGAUGCAAUGGAGCUAAAGUUGAAGCCUUUCGAUCGGAUCAGAGCAACAUUGAUGAUUUCCGCAACCGUGUGAUUUCCUGUUCUUCUUCUGAGGAUUGCCAUGUCAUUGUGUCUUAUCAAAGGACUCAACUCAAUCAGACUGGGAUUGGGCAUUUUUCACCUCUUGGAGGAUACCAUGCUGAAAGGGAUAUGGCCCUUAUAUUGGAUGUUGCUCGAUUCAAAUAUCCUCCUCACUGGGUUCCUGUUACCUUUCUUUGGAAUGCACUGAAUACCAUCGAUCAAGAAACUGGACAACAUAGGGGGUACAUGAUUAUUUCAAAGCUUAACAGGGCACCAUCAAUACUUUAUACUGUGAGUUGUAGACAUGAAGGUUGGAGCAGUGUUGCCAAAUAUCUAACUGAAGACGUCCCUCUUCUUCUAAAAUCUGAGGAUCUAAAGGACAUUCAGGAAGUAUUCUCUGUUGUAUUUAAAUCUCCUCCUAGUGAAUUGAGAGAGUUUAUCACUUGGAUUGCUGAGGUUCGCAGGCAAGAAGAUGGGAAUCUCACUUUGAGCGAGGAGGAGAAAGGAAGGCUGGCUAUCAAGGCAGAUGUACUGGAACAAAUUCGAUCAACCGCGCUCUUCAAACAUGUGACCAGGUGGUUGGAUUCAGAAAGGUCAUGUUGCGAUACCAUUGCAAGCUUUGGUGAGAAAGAUAAGUUAUCAGCACUUGCGGCACGUGUUUGCUGCCAAGGAGCAGAUCUCUUGUCUGGUUGUCGUGUAUCAGGUGCAAAAUGCUGUAGCCAAAUAGAUGUAAAGCAUCUGAAUGUUGAUAGUGAAAAUCCAGUAACAUUGUUUUCCGGAACCUUUACAACUGGGGGCAGUAGUGAACAAGGAGUUGAUAUGUUGGUCCCUUUGUGUCAAAGGAAGCCAAAUAGUUUGUGUCUUUGUAAUGAAGGUCAGUGCAUUGGCAUGCACCCAUCUACUGCAGAUGUCUUGACAGUGCUUUUAUUUGCCUUGCCGUUGCAUACAUGGUCAAGCAUCAAAGAAGAAAAGCUGCGUGUGGAAGCUGCAAGCCUUCUAACAACCAAAGAUCUCCUUCCCUUACUUUCGGAAGAGGUUUUGUUUUUGCGAGAGCAACUUCACUCUCUCAUGACUGAUAAUGGUGCUCCUUCUAACUGAUGAUACUCUUAGUUUUAGCUAAUGUAACGGGUUCCACAAUAAAAUUACAUUCAACCCGGUUUUAGCAUUGGUUAUGUAUUGAACUUGCGUUCAAUACAACAUGCCCAUGUUGUAGUGAUCAUGUUGAACACCAACUAUAUUUGUACCUUUGUGUGAGGAAUUUAAAUUGUAGUAAUGGAGGUCACAUGAAAAGAACAGCAUGUAGACUGCAUUACAAAUUGUUGGAGGAUGAACACUGGUGAAAGGGUUGAAGGACCUUGCGGUCUUGGGCCUUUUAUGUGAAAGGGUGUACUGUUCAUCUCUGAUGUUGUUCAUUUGAAAAAUAAAAUACCGAGAGAUCGAUAUUCAAAAAAAUAAUAUUGUGUUUGGUUA